AUGGUGAGGAGCGAGGAUAGGAUAUGGGGGGAGAGGGCCAGAGAUCUGAGGAAGACCCAGGGAGGGGGGCCGACCCCCGCCCAGGGCCACCAGGGGGACCCACUACAUCCACCUAGCUCCCAACAGGGGGCCAUAGAGGGAUGGGGCCAACCCAGGGAGAGGGGGGCCAACACCCAGAGAGGGGUGACAACCCACCCACGGCCACUACAGCCGGUGCCACUACAUCCAGCCAGUUCCCUGCACCAGGCAGAUGUGGGAGAGGGCCAGAGAGGGAUGGACAAACCCAGGGAGGCGGGCGACCGCUGGAGAGAGGGCCCGGCCCCUGCCCGAGGCCACCAGGGGGUGCUACUAAAUUCACCCAGAGAGGGCUGGGGCCAACCCAGCAUAAUCAGUACCACACAGUCAGGCUUGAUCUUGUUCUGUUUCUUUAGUCGUACUGAUGUGGUGGCAGUCACCCCAUGGUUGGCACCCAUCGUCUGGGAAGGAACCUUUGACCCUGACCUCGUCGACAUAAUCUACAAGUCCAUGAACCUCACCAUAGCAACCACAGUGUUUGCCGUUGGAAAAUACGUCCGCUUUCUCCAAGAUUUCCUGGAGACAGCAGAGAAGCACUUCAUGGUCGACUUCAACGUGCGCUACUACGUUUUCACUGAUCGUCCCGACGAUGUUCCAUCAGUGAACCUGUCCCAGGGGAGACAUUUGAGUGUGAUCCAGGUCCCAGGUUCAAACCGCUGGCAGGAGAUAUCAGCCCGGAGGAUGGAGAAUAUUCAGACAGCCAUCGAACGUCAGAUCAGCAGGGAGGCCGACUACAUCUUCUGUCUGGACGUGGACAGCAAGUUCCACGCUCGCUGGGGGGCCGAGUCUCUGGGCAGGCUGGUUGCUGUGAUUCACCCAUGGUUUUACCAGGCGACCCGUGACCUCUUCACAUAUGAACGGCGCCCAGCCUCGACAGCCUACAUCCCCAUGGAUGAGGGAGACUACUACUACGCCGGGGCUGUGUUCGGAGGGUCCGUGGAGGAUGUGUACACACUAACAAAGGUAUGUCAGAAUCAGCUUGAAGAGGACGCGAGGAAUUCCAUCGAGGCUGCCUGGCAGGAGGAGAGUCACCUCAACAGGUACCUGCUUUACAACAAGCCCAGCAAGCUGUUGUCUCCAGAGUACCAGUGGGAUGACAAGAAGACCAAAACCAAUGAGGUCAAAGUCAUUCGCUUCUCUUCUGUCAUUAAAAACUAUGCUGAAAUUCGUGCCAAUGUAUAGGACUAGGAAUUGGAUAUUCAACCGGCCGAAAAAAAACUUAAUUGAUUAUGGUUAAUGUUAGGUUAAUUUCAGGUAUUGCUUCACUGAGGUUUGGGUUAAGGUUAGGGAAAGGCAUAAAAUGUCACAUUGGGUAUACAGAUGUCUGGCGCCAUUCAUUUUCUGUUGGUGAAAUACAUACCCUUUGUUUUAUACCCUGAUGAAGACAGCUUGGCUGUCCAAACGUUGGAUAUUACAUUUUUGCAUCUGAGCUCCUAGAGUGUGCGGCUCUCCUUUAUUUUCAUGAAAUAUAUAUACUAACAUAAAACUACUAUUUUUAAUGUACUAUAUAUAUAUAUCAGUCACUGUUGUAGUUUAGGGAUAAUAACAUUCUUCAUUUAUAGGAAAAUAUAUAUAUUUUAUAACCUCAUUCAUCCUGUAUUCUGUAGAUUAUCUAUUGUGUAUGUUGAUUACUGGGAAAAAUCUAAAAUGUUUUUUUUUUUAAAUACGAUUAUGUGUAUUUUUCUUGAAAUAAAUAUUUAACCGCU